AUGCCCCGUCACAACCGAGUCACGUUCCAAUAUUUCCAAUACUCGAACAUUGGGUCAUUGGUGAUGGGACUGAGCUCGGCCGCAGGAAGGAUGACCGACGCUGGCACAUGUAAGCUCUCCGGGCAGCUCUUUCUAUCAUAUUACGUCCAAUUGCCGAACAGUGAGGUCUUUGCCGUCACCUCGGCAGGUGUCAGCGAUCAACAAGCGCGCGAUGGAGACAUCGAGCUGAUCUCUAACGUUCAAGCUCACAUGUUCUCUGUUUACCUGCCGACACUGUACGGGUCGUAUGUCCUGACAAAUCCUACUGGACAUAAAAAUUUCCAAUGUUCUACACCCAGCGACUGGUAUGUGGAGGUAGACUUUGCCACAACAAGGAUUUACGUCACCACUUCAGCUAUCUAUGGCUUCAAUGGGAGUUAUAGAACGCCUCUGAGAUGA